GCUCAGGCUGCAGACGGUUGAGAUGAGAAGAAUAACUGGCUACAAACAGGAACCAUUUCAGGAUAUUUAAACUUUCAAAGGUUUGAUAUUGAAGAAUGGAAGAUUCCCUCAUCAGCAGAACCUCAUGGAAAGAAAACCUCAGUCAGAGCAUCUUCAACUACACUGAUGCACCUGACAGAACCAAUAACAGUUUUUAUGAAGAGAACAAAGUUUAUUUUCAAAUCUUGUACUGGGCAAAUUGGAUCACCAUUUGUGCCGGACUUCCUCUGACUCUGGUGGCCAUCUUUGCUGUUGUAUCAAAGUUGAAAGAGGAUCAUGUUGCUCCAGUUUACAUCUUGAACCUGCUGAUUUCUGAUAUCCUCCAGUACUGCAUUAGAAUUUAUACGCUUUCACUCGAACCUCAUGUUUUCUCUUUUAUUGCCUUCGACGUUAGCAUUUCAGCCAGCGUUGGUUUCAUGAUGUGUGUCUCCGUGGAAAGGUAUCUGGUCAUUGCCAAGCCGCUGUGGUACAGAUUUAGAAGAAACAUCAAGACGUCUGUGUUGGUCUGUGUCGCAGUCUGGAUCUACUUUUUUCUUAAUACCUUCGGCAUGUAUCUGCUUUUGGAUAUUCAUAUAGUAAAAAUCAUCCAGUCUGCUAGUACACUCCUCCCUCUUCCCUUGUUCAUCUUCUGCCUGGUUGGGACCAUUAAAGCUCUGUCUGGAGCUCGCAGCGUCUCUGCUGAGGAAAAACGUCGAAUUGUUUCAAUUCUGGUUGUGGUUUUGCUAACAUAUAUUCUGCUUUUCAUCCCCAACAUGAUGUAUUUUCUCUUGGAAAAACCCUUUGAAAAUUUUCCCGUCUUUACUGUGGUUACAAUUCCUAUUUAUCUUAGUCCUCUUGCAGACUCAGUUAUGUGUGUUUUUCUCAGGAAAAGUGCAGUUGACAGAGUUUUGACCUCAUUGUGUUUCUGUGUAACUUCUGAGAAUCAGGAAAUCAGCAGCACAGAUGAUGUCAACAUGCCACCUCAACAUACUGAAGAUGUUUAGGUGCCAUUGAAGCACAAAU